UCCGUGAAUUUAACCAAAUAUAUAAAAUGCUGUCCUUAACUGAUCCUGCGAAUUCGGGGGGAAUUCCCGACAAAGCCUGGCAGCCACAUUUCGUGACUUUGGAAACGAGCAUGGGUGAAAUCACGGUGGAAAUGUACUGGAAACAUGCCCCCAACACGUGCCGAAAUUUCGCGGAGCUCUCGCGGAGAGGCUACUACAACAACGUGGUGUUCCACCGGAUAAUCCGGGACUUUAUGAUCCAGGGCGGGGAUCCCACGGGCACCGGGCGCGGAGGAACCUCCAUCUACGGUUCCGAGUUCGGCGACGAACUGCACGGCGAUCUGAAGCACACGGGCGCGGGAAUCCUGUCGAUGGCCAAUUCGGGACCAGACACCAAUGGAUCCCAGUUCUUCAUCACCUUGGCACCCACCCAGUGGUUGGAUGGCAAGCACACGAUCUUCGGAAGGGUCUACACCGGAAUGGAGGUGGUCAAGCGGAUAGGAAUGGUGGAGACGGACAAGAACGAUCGCCCUGUGGAUCCCCUGAGGAUCAUCAAGGCCAAGGUGGAGAAGCUCUGAGACGAGGAGAUGCAUUUUUGAGUGGCCAAACUGGAGAGAAUCUAAGGAAAACUAUCAAUUGACUAGGGAAAGCUAU